CGUCAAGAAACUUGAAACCUUUAAAAGAAUGAACAAGUUACAAUUUACGCAAAGAUUAUAAAAUAGAGUUUUCAUGAGACUUGGGAGCCGUUCACCUGGGCAAUGAUUAUAAAAAGCCGGUUUUCAAUUCAUCCGAUCUUUACUAAUCACAUCUGCAAAGUGACCUCACCACCAUCAUCUGCACUACAGAGACGAGCGUCGUCUUCUAUCGUUCGAUUAGGGAACCAAAGAUACCCCGCCAAUAAAGUCACUAUCGCGAAUCGCGCCAUCCUAAACACGGAUGCUUCGGCCAAUAUCCCGCAACUACAAUCAAAACGAGUAAUCCCACUCAACGCCAAAUUUAAUACCAAAGUCAACACCAAGUCAAUCACUACUGCCACAAUGGCUUCUGCUACCACAUUCUACGAUUUCACGGUCAAGGACAAGAAGGGUGCCGAACUGCCCCUAGCCGACUACAAGGGCAAAGUUGUCCUGGUCGUCAACACAGCAUCCAAGUGCGGCUUCACGCCGCAGUAUGCCGGACUGGAAAAACUGUACAAGGAUAUCACGGCCAAAUACCCUAAUGAUUUCACCAUCCUAGGCUUCCCGUGCAACCAAUUUGGUGGCCAGGAGCCCGGCACCGACGAUGAUAUCCAAAGCUUCUGCCAGCUUAACUACGGCGUCACCUUCCCCAUCCUAGGCAAGACGGACGUAAACGGCGACAAGGCCGAGCCCGUGUUCGAGUGGAUGAAGGCCGAGAAGCCCGGCCUCCUGGGCAUGAAGCGCGUCAAGUGGAACUUUGAGAAGUUCCUGAUCGGCAGGGACGGCAAGGUCAAGGAGAGGUGGGCUAGCACUACGAAGCCCGAGAGCUUGGAAUCCCACAUCCUGGCGGAGCUAGAGAAUAAGGCGUAAGUCUGUCUCUAACUUGUGCUUGGAAACCUUUCUUGCUUUCUUUGGACGUCUUGUGGCUGUUUUAUAUAUGUGUGUGUGUGUGUGCGUUGACGCUUCACCCUUAGGGUAGCUAAGAUAUAAUACAAGAUGAUCUCCCCCCUUUCUAGGAAAGCAAUUUGGAAACAAGAUUCGCGUGGAAGGGAUGAGUCCGCGGUUCCUGUUUAGUCAACUGUCUAGGUGCUAUAAACAUAUACCUACGUCUAGAAAUCAAAUUUUAUAGUACCCAAUAUAUAUCGACCUACGGUAUUGAGGUAUCUGUGUUUGGUGUGGAAUGCAGGCUCGUAAUACAGCACAAAUAUAAUAGUGCAAUUAUUGUUGCCUGAGAGAUUUCUAUCUCUAAUAUAUACCAUUCACAAGUGGAAAACUCACAUUUCUAUUAACCCAAGCAUAGGGUUAGGUACUUAUAAGUAGUAUAUCUCUUCAGCUACAUUUAGGUGUUCCAUAGUAUUCUUUUGGAAGAAUUUAAUUUAGUGAGUCUAUUUUUGUAUAUAAACCCUUUUGCAGUACGGAAUAGAGGUGAAGAUAGUUUCUCUGCAAUCACUGCAAAUAAGACCUUCC